UGAAUGUGCCAAGGGAGAUCCAAUUCUAUCUGUGUGCUGGCACUCAGACACAUGACGAUCUGACAUUUUCUGCUGUCUGAGGACCUUGAUGAACAUACUGACUCUGACCCUGUGACUCUAGAAAGGACUAGGCCAAGCACACAGCACCGUCACUGGACAGAUGUUAUGAACUGUGGUAGAAUGUUUCAACGACUAUCUCGAGUCUGUUGAAAGGUUAAAACUCAACAAAAGUUAAAGCAUUCUCACGUGUGAUUGUCCUGUCCUCUGUGUGCGGACAGGUUGUGCAGAGGAGCUGUUAUCGGGGUGAAAGGUGACAGUGCUGGAUUGAGAUCGACUGGGGAUGUUGCAGCCCGUGGUUCUGCCCGGCGUGCUAACGCUGCCCCUGUGUCUGACCCUGAGCUUCGACUGGCUAAAAGACCACGGUGGAUCCUUCUACUACGGGACCUUCCCUGCUGGUUUCUCCUGGGGUGUGGGCAGUUCAGCCUACCAGACGGAGGGAGCUUGGGAUCAAGAUGGGAAAGGACUCAGUAUCUGGGAUGUGUUCACACACAAGAAAGGAAAAGUAUUCCUGAAUGAAACAGGGGAUUCAUCGUGUGAAAGCUAUUAUAAAUUCAAGGAGGACAUUACCUUAAUGAAGGAGUUGAAAGUCAAUCAUUAUCGUUUUUCUAUCUCCUGGCCUCGAGUCAUACCCACGGGGAUAAAAGCCGAGCAAGUAAAUGACAAAGGGAUCAACUAUUAUAAUGAACUAAUAAACACCCUCCUGGAGAGCAAAAUCCAGCCCAUAGUGACCCUGUACCACUGGGAUCUUCCACAGGUCCUCCAGGAUAGAUACAGUGGCUGGCAGAACAGCAGUAUGAUCGACUUCUUUAAUGAUUAUGCCAACCUGUGUUUUGAGAAGUUUGGUGAUCGAGUAAAACACUGGAUUACCUUCAAUAACCCCUGGUCUAUAGCUGUAGAGGGAUACGAGGUUGGACAGCAUGCACCAGGCUUAAAGCUGAAAGGAAUAGGAGCUUACAGGGCAGCGCAUAACAUUAUUAAGGCCCACGCGACAGCUUGGCACACAUAUGACAGACUCUGGCGCAGUCGCCAAAAAGGAAUGGUGGGUAUUUCCAUCACAAGUGAGUGGGGAGAGCCGGUUGAUAUUACGAGCCAAAAGGAUAUUGAGGCUGCUGAGCGAUACAUCCAGUUUAAUCUUGGCUGGUUUGCCAACCCUAUUUUCAAUGGGGACUACCCUCAAGUUAUGAAAGACUGCAUUGGGAGAAAGAGUUCACUGGAAGGCCUGAGUAGCUCAAGGCUGCCUGCCUUCACUCCACUGGAGAAACACUUCAUCAAAGGCACGUCAGACUUCUUUGGGCUGGGACACUUCACAACCCGCUACAUCACUCACAAGAAUUACCACUACAGCAAGGGUCCAAGUUAUCACACUGAUCGCGAUUUAGUGGAACUCGUUGACCCACAGUGGCCAGACCCAGGAUCCGAGUGGCUAUACGCAGUACCCUGGGGCUUCAGGAGGAUCCUGAAUUUUAUAAAGAGUCGCUAUGGUAACCCGAGGAUCUAUGUGACAGAAAACGGAGUAUCGGAGAAAUGGCAGUGUACUGAGCUGUGCGACAAGUGGCGGAUUCAGUACAUGAAUAAUUAUGUUAAUGAGAUUCUUAAAGCUGUUAAGGAUGGUGUUAAAGUGAAGAGUUACACAUCCUGGUCACUGCUGGAUAAUUUUGAAUGGGAUGAAGGAUAUUCGGAAAGGUUCGGCCUUUACUACGUUGAUUUUAAAACCAAGCACAAAAGGAGGUAUCCCAAGGCUUCAGUUCAGUAUUACAGGAAGAUGAUCAGUUCCAAUGGAUUUCCCAACCAGAGAGAGAUUGAAAGUUGGCUGCGCAAGGCUACAGAGGCAUGCUCAACCACCAAUGCACUGCUUGCUGCAGAUCCUCUUAUCAAUCAUAUGGAGAUGGUGACUGAGAUCGUAGUCCCGACCGUGUGCACCCUCUGUAUACUCCUGAGUGCUAUUUUACUGAUGUUCCUACUUCGGAGACAAUGA